AUGAAUACAGCGUUUGGAGCCAUCCCUAUCCUAUUCAGGCACCCGUCUGUCUACGGCCUGUCCCGGAUCACCAACAGCCUGUUCAUCAGCAAUGGGGAAGCCGCCAACAAUAAGAUGUUCCUCUAUGCCAACCAAAUCACCACUGUCAUUAAUGUUUCUGUGGAGGUGGUCAACACCUAUUUCCCAGACAUUUACUACAUACACGUCCCCGUAACGGACUCCCCCGCAUCUCGUCUUUACGACUUCUUUGACCCUGUAGCCGAUAAGAUCCACGCCGUGGAAUUAAACCAAGGCAGGACGCUGGUGCACUGUGUUGCAGGUGUCAGCCGGUCCGCCGCUCUUUGCAUAGCCUUCCUGAUGAAGUACCAUACCAUGUCUCUGGCAAAUGCACAUGCCUGGGUCAAAUCCUGCCGUCCUAUCAUCCGGCCAAACAUUGGCUUCUGGCAGCAGCUCAUCCAGUACGAACAAAAACUCUUUGGGAAAACCAGUGUCAGGAUGGUCCGCUCUCCGCUGGGGGUGAUUCCAGACCUCUAUGAAAAUGAAGUCAGAGUAAUGAUCGCCUUGUGACAAUCACAGGGCUGGUACUGUCCAGCCGUACCACGCAUGUUGAAUCAAUAUGAACAUCAACGCUAACAUUA